AUUUGUACCACUGGUAACCAGAGUUAGUUACCAAUUGUGCUGAAUUGCAUUUGUGGCACAAAAUCACAAAUCCCAUUUAAGACAUGGGACCGAUACUAGAAUGUUUCACCCAUGUUCAAAGCAUUAGUGACUUUGUUGAGCUUCACAAGUUUAGACACUUUCGGAUGCUUUGGACAUGAUGUGUGAAACAUUCUAAUAUCGGUCCUUUUAAUUGAAUGGGAUUUGUGCCACACAUGCUAAAACAUUAGCAUGUGGAAACAGUACCAAGGAAACUAAACCGAAGCAUGGAUUCCUGUCGUACCGUGUCCAUAUACUGCUUACAGGUUAAGGAAACUAAACCGAAGCAUGGAUUCCUGUCGUACCUUGUCCAUAUACUGCUUACAGGUUAAGGAAACUAAACCGAAGCAUGGAUUCCUGUCGUACCUUGUCCAUAUACUGCUUACAGGUUAAGGAAACUAAACCGAAGCAUGGAUUCCUGUCGUACCGUGUCCAUAUACUGCUUACAGGUUAAGGAAACUAAACCGAAGCAUGGAUUCCUGUCGUACCUUGUCCAUAUACUGCUUACAGGUUAAGGAAACUAAACCGAAGCAUGGAUUCCUGUCGUACCUUGUCCAUAUACUGCUUACAGGUUAAGGAAACUAAACCGAAGCAUGGAUUCCUGUCGUACCUUGUCCAUAUACUGCUUACAGGUUAAGGAAACUAAACCGAAGCAUGGAUUCCUGUCGUACCUUGUCCAUAUACUGCUUACAGGUUAAGGAAACUAAACCGAAGCAUGGAUUCCUGUCGUACCUUGUCCAUAUACUGCUUACAGGUUAAGGAAACUAAACCGAAGCAUGGAUUCCUGUCGUACCUUGUCCAUAUACUGCUUACAGGUUAAGGAAACUAAACCGAAGCAUGGAUUCCUGUCGUACCUUGUCCAUAUACUGCUUACAGGUUAAGGAAACUAAACCGAAGCAUGGAUUCCUGUCGUACCUUGUCCAUAUACUGCUUACAGGUUAAGGAAACUAAACCGAAGCAUGGAUUCCUGUCGUACCUUGUCCAUAUACUGCUUACAGGUUAAGGAAACUAAACCGAAGCAUGGAUUCCUGUCGUACCUUGUCCAUAUACUGCUUACAGGUUAAGGAAACUAAACCGAUGCAUUGAUUCCUGUCGUACCUUGUCCAUAUACUGCUUACAGGUUAAGGAAACCAAUGCGUCCUUUUUUUAUUUGACUGAACUAUCCCUUUAACCAGUGAUGUAGUGAUGAAAAAAUUGGUGGCAGAACGCUGAUCGCUGUUCAGGAUUAGAGAAGUAACAGUCCCUAUGCUUUCAAUGCAUUUUUCUGCCAAAUUUGGGUAAACACUCGUGCAAAAUGUUUAAAAAGUGUGUUAACGGUGUUUACCCUGCAUCACUGUUGUUAACCCUUUCACAAAGGCUCAUUGUUACAUUGUUCUGAGAGAAACAGCAUUUUUAAAGUCUUUUGAGAGACCCGUGUCCCUGGACAUGUGGACAGACCUCAGUGCUCUAUGGCCCUCUAUUCCAUGUUGCUGAGUACAAUGGGGUUCACCAGUAUAAAAAGAAAGGUUUUAAACCAGUAGGAUAACAGUUCCCCAGCAAGAGCAGCAGCAGCACAGAGAGACAAAAUGACCUCCAUCGGCAUGAACAUGAACAGCAGAACCACCUUCUACGAGGACAGGAACUUCCAGGGUCGUUCCUAUGAGUGCAGCAGCGACUGCCCUGACAUGUCCUCCUACCUGAGCCGCUGCCAGUCCUGCAGGGUUGAGAGCGGCUGCUUCAUGGUGUACGACCGCUCCAACUACAUGGGAAACCAGUGGUUCAUGAAGAGGGGAGAGUAUUCUGACUUCCAGCGCAUGAUGGGAAUGACCGACAUCAGGUCCUGCCGCAUGAUCCCCAUGCACAGAGGAUCUUUCAGGAUGAGGAUCUACGAGAGGGAGAACUUUGGAGGUCAGAUGCACGAGAUGAUGGACGACUGUGACAGCAUCAUGGAUCGUUACCGCAUGAACAACUGCAUGUCCUGCAAUGUUAUGGACGGCCACUGGCUCAUGUAUGAGCAGCCCCAGUACAGAGGCAGGAUGAUGUACAUGAGGCCUGGAGAGUACAGAAACUUCAGUCAGAUGGGCUCUAUGGGUAGGCUCAUGAGCAUGAGGCGUAUCAACGAAUCCUGUUACUAGAUAUUGCUUUUUACUGAUGUAAAUA